AUGCAGACUGUUCUACAAACAUUUGUGAAAGAAUGGGUCGCUCUCAGGAGCUCAGUGAAUUCAAGCGUGGGUACCGUGAUAGGUUGCCACCUGUGCAAUAAGUCCAUCCAUGAAAUUUGCUUGCUACUAAAUAUUCCACGGUCAACUGUUAGUGGUAUUAUAACUAAUUGGAUGCAACUGGGAACAACAGCAACUCAGCCAGAAAGUGAGCGGGGUCAGCGCAUGCUGAAGCGCACAGGGCACAGAAGUCGAUAGCUAAAGACCUCCAAACUUCAUGUGUCCUUCAGAUUAGCACAACAACAGUGCAUAGAGAGCUUCAUGGAAUGGGUUUCC